AUGACUAUACCAAAUGGAACUAUCUUUCCCGUUUGUCCUAUGAAUUUGGCAUUCAACUGUGAAUUCAUUGGUCUUGCAAUGUACUUUGGACUCAUGGGUGAGGGUCAACCUAUUGGACACUAUGAUGAUAUGUGGGUUGGCUGGUGUGUGAAGGAUUGCACAACUGUUAAACAAUGCUACAUUGAACUCUCCAAGCAAGCUAAGGCCAUGCUUGGCAAGGUUGAUGAGUAUUUCAACAAGCUUGCAGAUGCCAUGGUCAUGUGGAUUGAAGUUUGGGACAAACUAAACUCAUUUGGAGCAUAA